UUCUCUUUCUUACUCUGAUCAUCUUGUCUCCCUCUUCUAAGGAUGCUGAUGAUUAAUUGGGCCUUCCAGAUAAUCCAAGAUAAUUUGCACAUCUCAAAAUCCUUUACAAAAUCACACCGGAAAAGUCUACUUGUUAUAUAAGUAUACUGCAGGAUAAAUACGUGAAUUUGAAUGGAUUUAGAGGUUAAAGGAGGUGCUGCUUCUCCUACGAGUCAAAUUCAGCCAUUCCCUGGAAGAAAGAAGCCGCUGCCACAAGGACGGACUUCCAAAUCAUGGGCAAUCCAGAAUCCUUGCCUACCUGUGGUUCCACGACUUGAUUUGGGAAGCCUUGUUGACUCUGACGAGGAGGAUGGUUUUUCAUUUAUCCCACUUAGUACUGCACAUAUUCAUUUUAACCCACCAGAUUCAUCUUCUGCUCUUAGUUGGGUCACACCAUGUCAAAUACCACAUACUCAGCAUCAUCUAAAUGAACUGGAGCAAGACAUAAUACCUGAAAACUUGCCAGAAGCAACAAGCAAACAUAAACUAAAAUAUCAGCAAAAUAAAACUGAAAUGAAAAAAGGAUAUGAACAGUAUAGUCAGAGAAAUGCAGAAAAGACAAUACCAGAUAUCACACAACAGUCUCCAAGAAACAAGGUAGAUGACAAGUGUGUACAAGGUGAAGAAGCCAUCACUGAUGACCUUACAACUCUGGAUAGGAAAGCCCUCUUACAGGAGGGUUAUGCAGACAUCCCUUACAAUGCACAACGGAGUAUGAAAAAAUCUGAUGCCGAAAUUGUGGCUGCAGAGAAGAAGAAACAGACUGUUGCAGAGCAAGUGAUGAUAGACCACUUAUCUAGGGCUGUAAUCAGUGAUCCAGAACAAAACUUAACCUCUGAGAGUCAAGAAAGUGUUCGUAUCGUUCCAGAUUCAAAGAUAACACCUCUUCGGUUUAGGAAAAGAACGCUACAUGAAACUAAGAUAAGAACCCAUUCUACAUUAACUGAAACCGUGCUUUCUCACAAAGUACAGUUUGAUGGUAGGAUCGUAUCAAGAAAUGGACAUGAUGCUUGCAGAGAGCUGAUUGGGUUCUUUUUUACUCACGACCAGUCCCUAACAGUUUAUGAAUAUCGGCAAUUUGGGAAAAAUAGGACAAAUGUGCUUCCUUUCAUUCAAAAAAACAUUUAUAGUCAUCAGUGUGGACGAAGAAAAGGAAAACAAUACCAACUUGGUGAUUUCUAUAUUGGUGCAAACUUGACAUUUUUGAGUUCUGAUCAUCCCAGACUUCCAGAAAGCAUAAAAGAAAACACAUUACUUAUACUUCGAAUCACUAAUAUUGAUCAUAAAGCUUUGGAUUCUCUCAAAGCUGAUUCUGUGGAACUUGAGGAUAUAGCCAGCCAAGAAGCCAAUGACAGGCUUGUCUUAAACGCCAUCCAAGAUGCGCUAAAGGAACAGCUACACAAAAGAGGUGUUCGUAUUUUGACUGGAUUGGGAAAAUACCUUCAACAGUUGGACAAGGAAGGAACUAGACUUUUAGAUAAGGCAGAUUUUAAGCAAGCUCUAAAAAUAUUCCACUUAGAAGUGUCUGAAAACGAUUUUGAGUCUGCAUGGCAAAUUCUGAAUGGCAAUGGCAGUGGCAAGGUUGAUUACGGAGAAUUCAAACGUGCCAUUAUUGGUGAAAUGAAUGAGUACAGGAAAUCAUUUGUUCGAAAGGCCUUUAUGAAACUGGAUUUCAACAAAACUGGCUGUGUGCCUCUUAUAGAUAUAAGAAAAUGUUAUUGUGCAAAGAAGCAUCCUCAAGUAAUUUCAGGCCAUUCCACAGAGGAAGAAAUCAAAUUAUCUUUUCUAGAAACACUAAAAGAUGCCUGCAGCAAGUCUGAUGAAGUGUCAUAUGGUGAAUUUGAAGAUUACUAUGAAGGUCUAAGUAUAGGGAUAGUAAGUGACGAAGAUUUUGUUAAUAUCUUACGUACUCCAUGGGGGAUUUAGUUUUUCAAAAUGAGUGUGUCUUCAGCAUGAAGCAUUUUAAAGAAGAGAUGAAGUCAUUGUAAAAUAUGGUCAAACACUGGAAUAUGUUCUUCUAGGACUUCUUUUUUUUUCCUUUCAAAAAGAUUGAGUCUGGAAAGAGAAAUCAGAAAGAUAGACGAAGGGGUAUAUGUACGUUCAUGUGCAUGUAUGAGUGCUUGCCUGUCUCUAAGUUUGUAAAGCCCAGUAUUUUUUAUUUAUUAUUUAUCUUCAAUGGAUUUUA